UCUGACGAAAAUUACGACAGUCUCGGGUUAGCCGUCGGGGCUGUUCUCACGCAGUGGAAAAUAGCUCAGUUGUCUCAGGGCUCGGCAGCCAUGUGGGAUGCCCACUUGCGAGUCGGCGGCGCAGCAGGCACAGAUCUCCCAGUCGACGACUGC